AAGUAUUAACCGAUAGUGCGAGGGUGCUAGUGUUUUGUUAUAAAACUGUAACAAAAGAGAGAAGAAACAAAAAGCGAAGAUGGUUAACGUGGCGACGGUCGGAAGUGUUUUCAUUAAGAUCCCAAAAUUGGUGCUGAACCUGCUCAUCCUGAUACUGUACAGGGUGGGCAAUCACGGCGGAUUUUUGGGCGUCGGCGGCACAUGGAAUUUGAACGAGGAGAAGAACGCCGACGCGGAGAUCGUCGCGUCCGGCGUCUUCGUCGGAUUCUUCAUAUACACGGCAGUCUCGUUGAUCAGCUUCUGCUUCUCAACAAGCGACCAUAAACACACUUUUACUGAUAUCCUGAUGAACAUCAUUGGAAUCUUCAUGUGGUUGGCCACCGGUGCAACCGCUCUUCACUAUUGGCACGGAUACCAGAGCGAGUACAAAUACAUCCACGUGGCGUCCGAAAGACAGGUCGGCUUGGCCAUGGGUUCGUUGUGCGUGCUGAACGGGGCCUGCUACCUUCUGGACACGGUGUUGGCCGUCUACCAUUUCAUUCGAACGAAAAUCCAAUAAAAAAACGUUCAAAUGAAUAUGAAGUAGAGAUUUUUGCUGAUCUCUGCGUCACGUUUGCGUAUUAUAAUUUAAAAACAUAACAUUAACCAAAUUAAUUUCCAUUUUAUA